UACUUUGAUUGGGGUUAGGGUGGUCUAAUAAAUUUUUUAAGCACUGUAUAUAUGGAGUUAAAACCAGACAUUUUAGACUUUAAACCACACAUCAACAUUUAAGGUAUGUGGCUGAUCAAAGACAAGACUUGAGCUGACGCAGGUCUGCUGAUCCUGCCUAAACUCCAUAAACGUGUUCCUACAUAUGGCAGAUAUUUAGAGCUGAUACAUCAUGCCAAUAGUAUUGUGUAUCCCAGAAUGACAGAGAAAGACUAAAAACAAGAAUAACAUUAAGUAAUGCAUGACUUGCAAAAUACUUUAAUAUGAACAAAGUUUGUGAGCCUGAGGCAUCUUACUAAGCAAAGCUGCUCAAGAAAUUGCAAUUUAUUGUUGUAAGCUUUUAUAAUAAACACGCUGCAAAAGUCUAAAUUUCCCACUGUAAGUAUGAAAAAUGAUUUCACACAAACAAACAGUGAUUUUUCAUGUUGAAGGCAGUUUUUGGUUUUGGUUCUUGAUAUGUGCCUUCAUGGAUUAUCUGGAUAAUACCAGAAUAAAAGCCGUUUCCAGCUUGCGUCCAACUCCACACGAUUUAACAGAGAUCUCUUUGCUGUUCUAAUGAAGGACUAUUUUGAAUAAUUAUUUUGCUUAUCCACACUUCAGUAAAAAAUCUGUUUAAGCAGGAAAGUCUGUUGUGAUUUCUGAUGUUUUCCACAAAUUCCUAUCAAACUGCAAUGUGACUGCGCUGCUGCCAUGUAGUGUCUUGAACUGCUGAAUUUCCUCCCCCUCUACCUGUCUGUCAGUAGUUUGAACUUGGAUGUAAACAAAAACAGAGCAGGAUCGGAGAAGAUUUGUGUCUUAUUGUCACGAUUCUCCUGAGAUGGACGUUGGAGUGUCCAAGUCCCAUGUGUUUCUCAACUACAGCCCCAGAGCCCUCUUCUCCCAGUGGAGCCUCCCACUGGGUGCACAGCGUGUCAUGGACGCAGUGAGGGAGGGUCACAUGAGCAGCCUGAGCUCAGGUAAGAUGGUGGCUCUGGCUGCAGGGCUAUCCGUCGGGGCCACGGUGGGCUACAUCGUCUAUCGCCAUAUAAGCAGCACCAGCAACAAUGAGGGGCCCGACACUGAGAUUUCCAAGAUGACUCUUCCUGUGGAAGUUUAUAGAAACAUUUCCAGAUACCAAGCAAAGUUUCUAGACAUGGUGACCCAGAAAACCGGAGCUCAUGUGAGGGUGUUGUCAGACUCUGCAGAGUCUGGAUGUAUGACGGCCGUGAGUUUCGUGGUUCAGGGCUCCAAAGAACAGGUCCUGCUGGCCCGCUGUGUCCUGGAGAACCUGGUGACUGAAUGUGAACCUGUGAUCGAGACUGUGGAGGUGCCACAGACCGCUUUUGGACGUAUCAUAGGUCGGGGUGGCGAGAGCCUGAAACUGAUCACCAGGACCACGGGGGUCAAAGUGGUUUGUUCCAAAGAGAAGGCACAUGAACCGUGGGCGAAAGGUAACAUGACCAUCACAGGGACCAGACAGGAAGUCAAACAGGCCAAGGAGAUGAUUCUAGAAAAGGUCAAAGAGGACAUGAUGGUGAGGAUGAAGAUCUCACAGUCAUCUGCUCAGAGGAAGAAACGUGGCCACACGGCUAUGAACCAGAAACCAGAAAGUACAGAGACUGAAGCACCCUUAAACAAUAACGGUCCACUCGCCCAGAUGGAGAAAAACGGGCUCAUCCAUGCAAAUGGGACCACAGGAGAACCAGGGGAUAUGUUUGAAAAGAUGGAGGAGCUGCAGAUCCCCAACACAGAGAUGGAGCAGGAGGAUAGUGUAUCUGUAGAGUCUCCCUCUGAGGUUUCCAAGUUUGAAAUUCCCAGCCCAGACCUGAGCUUCCAGCCUGAUGAACACCUCGAGGUUUAUGUUUCUGCGUACGAGAACCCGAACCACUUCUGGAUUCAGAUUCUUGGAGUUCGCUCCCUUCAGCUUGAUAAACUGACAGAGGAGAUGAAACGCUUCUACAGCAGCGGAAACCCAGCUGAGCAGAGGGUGGAGACGGUUGUCGUCGGGGACAUCGUGGCGGCUCCAUACAGAGACCAUGGCACGUGGAACAGGGCGAGGGUGCUAGAAGUUCUCAGCUCUGGACUGGUGGACCUUUACUAUGUGGACUUUGGGGACAAUGGGGAGCUGCCCAGAGAGAGCCUCUGCAGAAUGAGGAGUGACUUCCUCAGCUUGCCUUUCCAAGCUAUUGAGUGCAACUUAGCAGGAGUCAGGCCAAAAGGUGACACUUGGACUGAGGAGGCUCUGGAUGACUUUGAUCGGCUGACAUACUGUGCAUCCUGGCGACCCCUGCAGGCCAAACUGUGCAGCUAUUCUCACUCUGACAUCUCGUCCUGGCCCAGUGUUAAGCUCUAUGACAGCAGUGAAAUAAAGUCUGUAGAUAUCGGGGAAGAGCUCAUUCGGCGGGGUCACGCUGUCAGCUUCCAGGAAGUGGUGAAUGGGAAGACUGAAGGUGAACACCUUGGCUGUCUGCAGAGGAUGCUGGACGAUGUUAUUGGAGCAUCCUCAGAGCUAAGUCUCUCCUGUAUCAGCCUAUCAGAAGCUGCCUCCAUCUCAGGAAGUGUCGACGAUAAUGCAGAGGACGAGCUGCUCUGAGACCAAAGAAGCAAAUAAAGGUGAAGCACUGACCAUCCCACUCCUCAGCAUCAGUACAAAUGAGAUGAAGGGGAGCGUGUCCAUGUCUGACCCAAACACAACCACAUAAAUCCUCAUCGUGAAGCCUUACCUACUUGAAAGCAGGCGCUUCAGGCGAUUCUUCCAGCCGUAUUCACUUUAUCGUUGUUACUUCAGCACAAAAAUGAAACGUUACGUUAUGCUGUUCAGUUGCACCUAACGCUGCUUUGCUUUUGUGUUGUUUAUUUGUGUUAUUUUGUGUUCAAAGAACAAAGAGAGGAACAAGAACAACCAGAAAGCCAGUAUUAUUUUUGAAAAGCACUGUGAUAUGUAUCAGUGAAACCAGAAGGCAGCUGGUAAGCUGAAGAGGUCUAGUUUAUUUCUCUACAUGUAUAUUGAGAUUAUAAAGCUUCUAUAUUAGGCUACACAGGUUAUUCUAUUUUGAAGAAGAAACCAUAAAGUAUUAUUGAUUGUGUUCAGUAAAAAUGUGGCAUCUACUGUGUCUUUAAGGACAAAGAAAGUGUUAGUUUGUCUUCAGAGCUGUAAUAGACUGCACUAAAUAAAGGAUUUAUUUUAGGUCA